AUGGCCCGGCUGCUGGUGAGCAAGGUGCUUUCCAUUGUCAAAGACAAGGAUGCCUACCAGUGGAGCAAGGUGAAAAUGUUACACCUCGUCUGCGACUGCGGCCCUCAUUUCCGAAGUCGAGAGGGUUUUGCCUUCUUCCUCCACGACCUUGUCAAGGAUUGGAAAGUUAACGUCACCUUGCACUUUCUGGGAGAGCAGCAUGGCAAAGGACCCGUCGACCGCCUGUUCGGUUGGACUUGCGCUUGGAUCGAGGCAUUUCUACAAGACCGUCCCAUUUAUGGCCUGCAAGACUUGCUGGCAUGCUACAGGGCCGGGGCACAAGAGAUGGUCAACACUGACCCUCCACGACCCAAGUUUCACAUUGCGAAGUUUGAUCCGGGCGUAACCCGCCCAGAGACGCGAACCUAUUUCCAAUGUCCCAACCUCCUCAUUACCAGAACUUAUUGCCUGAAGGCCGUGGCCACUCCAAGGAGCAUUCGACUGACCAAUAAUGUCUUCAGCGAUGCCCAAGGCGAGGAAAUUGGCAACUGGGAAAUUGAGCCUAGGACCAUGAACGAAGAUGAUGUGGAGUCCAAGACCUGGCGCAGAACCUUCUGGUCUGGAGAAAAGAGCUGGGAAAGCACUGGACCCAAACCUGGAGAAGUCAACGAGCUUGUCCGACGGUUCUCUUCGCAAAAACACCUUGAGCCACCAACUCCUCCUGAAGCGAAUGAUUCUGUAGACCUUUUGCUGUCCAAAGCUGCUGCGAGACUGCAAAAUGCAGCUCUCAAGAAGAAACGGCAAGCGAAAGCCUUGCAU